UCAAGAAAAUGUGGACCUAUACAUCCACUCUACCAUGCAUCUUCAUGGCAUGGACAACUUUACCUUUACCUUACAUGACUUGGGGAAAUAUCUGUACCCCUGCAUAGAAUAAGGGAAAAUGGAUAGAGAAAAAUGUUGGCAGUGUAAUGAUUCAAGAAUGAAAGAAGAAACAAGGAUGUGCUUUACAUGAGUUGACAGCAGGGAAGAGUAUUAUUCCAUGUGUAAUUUCAGCUGGGUUGACCAUGCAUGUAUGAAAAUAAGUGCAGAAGCAUGCUCAAUGGCAGUGAGGCAAGCCUUUUUGACACAUUUAAGGAUUUAAAUAACAUCUGUGAGUGAACUGCAUACUUAUUCAGUUCUGUUAAGUCUUCCAUACAAGAAAACUUGUAGUUGAAAUGCACAUACAUCUGGUUAGUGAAAAUAUAUUAUAUUAAAGAAUAACACACAAGAAUUGAUGCUUUGUGGUUGAAACUUCCCAGGAAGACUUCUCACUGUUUAUAAGACAUUCAUGUUCUCAGAAGAAAUAUGCAGUGAAAUUGAGAUGAUCAUGAUGGCCCGAAAUGAGGAAGACCUACAGAUGUCAAGCUAGAAAGUAAAUGUUGCAGUUGCUUGAAAUGCUAAGAAGGUGACGGAUGUGUACGACUUGUUGAAGUUUAUGCUGCCAUUGCAACUAUGGCCCGAAUGCCAGGCACAGGUGUUAAAGUUUAGUGAUGCCAAGUUCCAUAAGUUCAGUACGGAAACAGAAGCAAUUAAUUUUGUUAAUAAAUACGGGGAAGGUGAUUUAGGAAAUAAGACACAACAUACACAUGUGGAAAAAAGUGGAGAAAAUGUGUCACAGCAGUUGAUAAUGAAUACUACCGAUGUAAUGCAAAGUGCACCUGGGAUUUCUGAGGUUCCUAACAUGUCAUCUCUACAACUAAAAACAAGUGCACUUAAACAACGUUUGUCAGUUCUACAGAAAAAGUUUGAAGUUUCUAUGGAAGAACUUCGUACUGAAAUAGAUACAUUCAAGGAACGUAUUGAGACAUUUGAUACCAAAGUUAAUGUACGAUCAAACAACAAGACAGGUGAUGAGGGAUACAUGACUGAAGAGUUAAAAGUACUACAGGACGGUCUUUCACAGUUAGCAAAACAUUAUACAGAUUCUAUUACAGAACUUAAGGCUGAAAUAAGUAGCUUGAAGCAAGCAGUCAGAGAGCUUGAAACAGAAGAGGGACAGACCAAGACAAAUUCAGAAGAAGGAGCAUGUGCUGGAAGUAAUUCUCUUUCCUUCAAAAGGAACCUCACUUCAGUCUUGGAGGCAGUUGGGCCAAGUACCACAGCUAAAAGGUCAUAUAGCACAGAAGGCUGUGCUGACACUAAAACUGCCAAGAGAAAAUACAUUGCAUCUGAUAAAGGAGCAGGACCUUCAAAAACUCUGAUAGUUGAACCACCUGAUUCAGAUGAUGAAAAGAAUUCAAAAAACAAUACUUCUCCAGGAUUUGACACUGAUGAAAACGGAUAUGUGCAUGUGUACACUGAUGGAGCAUGUGAAAACAAUGGCAGAGUUGGAGCUAGGGCAGGGAUUGGAGUGUGGUUUGCUGACAAUCAUCCACUGAAUUAUUCUGAACGAGUGAGAGGCCGCCUGACUAACAACACUGCAGAAAUUAAAGCUGCAACAUGUGCUAUUGAAUUAGCAAAGAAAGCAGGUGUCAGAAAAUUACUACUUCACACAGAUUCACAGUUUUUAAUAAGUUGUAUUACUGUGUGGAUUCACAAAUGGAAGCAGAAUGGCUGGAAAUUAUCUGAUGGUGGGCAAGUUAAGAACAAGGAAGAUUUGAUAGAAUUAGAUCAAGCACUGGAAGGAAUAAGUGUCAAAUGGGAUCAUGUCCGUGGCCACCGAGGAAACCUUGGCAAUGAAAUGGCAGAUUCUUUAGCACGAGCUGGAGCAAGGAUGCAAUAUUGAAAAGCCUGUUCACAAAUUCAGCAUCAUUUUCCUGCUGUUCUUGAAGACAUUAUAUUUAGUUUUUAAUGACAGUGGAGAAAUUAUAAUGCAGUUCCUCAGUGAAAAUAAAUCAUUCUCAUAUAUGCCACUAG